UGGAUUAUGAGAACAGGCCAUCCUUCGAGCCGCCGUUGUCGGCGUGCACGAGUCGCUCCUCUUCUCGUGCCCUCGUUCCUCUCUCUCUAGGGUUUGCUCCGAUUGGUUGAUUGCAGUGUUGAUAUUGUCCUGCGAUCUCGACGUAGAGGUGCCUUGAUUUGGAUCGUUCUUGGUUCUUUUUGUGGGCUUUCGAGAUGGGUCAGUGCUGGGAUUUCGUGGAAUUGCUCGGGCGGGACUUGUCGAUCACCAUAUUCAAUUUGCUGGAUGACCCGGCGGAUCUCGUGCGAGUUAGCUUCGUGUCGCGGUCCUGGCACCGGUUUGUGAUCACAAAUGGCUUUUCAAAGCAUCUAUGCUUGUCUAUAUGGCCGGAGCUAUCCAACUUUUCUCGUGUUGUUGAAAUAAGUGGUUCAACUGUCUCUGCAAAUGCUGAAUCUAGCUCUUGUGCUGAAUGGAAGAAUUUGGAGAGGGAGCAUAAGGUGUAUGCAUAUCUAAGUCAUUGCAUUGUUUCGCCCAUGGGAAAAAUGGAUUGCAUAGGAGAGGCAAUUAGUGCCUCCAGUACGGACAACUAUCCUGAUGAGAGCAUUGACAACACACUGGAGGAUGCCGAACGAGUGGAUUUGAGGCCAUCUUAUUGGUCAAGUAAGGGUGAAGAAGAUCCUAGCAUAUCAGAGAUGCUGACUUAUAAACUAUGCUCUAAGCUCUGUGUAAUUGAUGAGAUUCGGAUACAGCCUUUCAGAGCAUUCUUUCAGUAUGGUUAUCCCAUAUAUUCAGCAAAGUCUGUGCGGUUUAGGAUGGGACAGUGCAGAUUUCCUCAAAAACAAAGAACACUCCCUUCUGAGCAUGCUGCAGGUCGCUCUGCUGACAACUAUAUCUGGACAUAUGUUUCACCGGUAUUUCAAAUGGCACAGGAAAAUGUAUUGCAAUCAUUCAAACUUCCUCGCCCUGUUGUCUGUGUUGGUGGAGUGGUGCAGAUUGAACUGAUGGGGAGAGUUCAGAAACAAGAAAUGGAUGAUCUCUACUAUAUAUGUGUUUGCCAUGUUCAAAUCAUCGGCUACCCACUUGCUCCUGUCAUUGAUGUUGAUAUUAUCGACCCCAUGGGAAAAUUAGUUUUGAAGUACUUCCCAGGUGCCAGGGGAUGCAAAAUAGCUCAAGAAGUAACGCCGUCAGAAGAUACCAGAGAACCUUCUGGUUGGAAUGCUAUUGCGGCAAGAAUCAGGCAGCUGGGGGUGGUGAGGGGAUGGAAUCAAGCAAUCGUCAGCAGAUUAUUAGGGAACAUACCGGAGGAUGUUGACGAUGACGAUGACGAUGAUGAUGUUGUGGAUGUCUAGCAUGGUUCUUCAUUUUCAUAAAAUAAUUGAUCACGGAAGAAAUACUCAUCAAGUCUCCUUUCUCUUAUACAAAUGGAAUGACACUAGAACUGCAAUAAAUAGUAUUAAAUUUAUGCAUAAAUAUAAUUAACCUUUGUUCAGCUAUUGACAUGUCUCUGCCAUUCUUGAAAAAAACUUACUGAAGCGGCAGAGUUUGAGCAUUUUUGUUAGUUUUUGGGGAAUUUAUGCGGAUCAAUUACAGUUUUAUGGUUUUGGUUA